AUGGGUGGAGAAGGAGAUUCGAGUAAGCCGCAGACUGCUGGUGAAGGAGGAGAUGUGGUUGCCGUGAACGUCAGGUGCUCGAACGGAUCCAAAUUUAGUGUGAGCACGAGUCUCGAUUCCACGGUGGAGGCCUUCAAAGCGUUGGUGGCUCAGAACAGCGAAGUGCCAGCGAAUCAGCAGCGUCUGAUUUACAAGGGUCGCAUCCUCAAAGACGAUCAGACGCUUCUCAGCUAUGGUUUGCAGGCUGAUCACACCGUUCAUAUGGUUCGAGGCUCGGCGCCUGCAUCAUCACCACCACCUUCUGCUCCAGCUACAACCCAAGCCACUGCCCCUGGUGUCACUCGAGGUGUUGGUUCAAACGACAGCUCAAUUCCCGGGCUUGGAUUCAAUCCUUUAGGUGGUGGGAACGCUAUGUCUGGACUAUUCGGAGCUGGUCUUCCGGAUCUUGAGCAGGCACAGCAACAGCUAGCUCAGAACCCUAACAUGAUUAGAGAUAUGAUGAACCAACCAGCCAUUCAGAGUCUAAUGAACAACCCUGAGUUUAUGAGGAGUAUGAUCAUGAGCAACCCUCAGAUGCGUGACCUUGUGGAUCGCAACCCUGAGCUUGGUCAUGUCCUCAAUGACCCCAGCAUCCUUAGGCAAACUUUGGAAGCGGCGAGGAACCCGGAGCUGAUGCGUGAGAUGAUGAGGAAUACCGAUAGGGCUAUGAGUAAUAUUGAGUCUAUGCCUGAGGGGUUUAACCAUCUUAGGCGUAUGUAUGAGAAUGUCCAGGAACCGCUCAUGAAUGCUACGACUAUGCCUGGGAACGGUGGAAACAAUGCGGCUUCUAAUCCUUUUGCUGCUCUCCUUGGAAACCAGGGUGUUACUACUACCGAUGCUGCUGCUAAUAAUUCUACGACACAAAAUGCUGAAACGGGGACAGGGAAUGGUAUUCCGAAUGCAAAUCCACUUCCUAAUCCUUGGGGUGCAACGGCUGGCCAGACGAAUGCCCCUGGAACUACAAAUUCUGGUGGGGAUACAAGAAGCACUGGCCUUGGUGGACUUGGAGGUCUUGGUGGACUUGGUGGUCUUGGAGGCCUUGGUGGACUGGGUAUGCUUGGAGGGGAUUCACCUCUUGGUGCCACUCCAGAUGCUUCUCAGUUGAGCCAGAUAUUGCAAAAUCCAGCCAUGUCCCAGAUGAUGCAAAGCGUCCUUUCCAAUCCACAAUACAUGAACCAGCUGAUGAAUCUCAACCCACAACUGCGAACCAUGCUAGAUUCGAAUCCUCAGUUAAGGGAAAUGAUGCAGAACCCAGAUUUCCUUCGUCAGUUUAGCUCUCCGGAGAUGAUGCAGCAAAUGAUGACUCUACAGCAAUCAUUGUUCUCUCAGAAUAGGACUACGACCACCCAGGAUCCGGGGCAAACUGGUGCUGCUGCAGCAGGGGCAGGCAAUAACGCAGGGCUGGAUUUAUUGAUGAAUAUGUUUGGCAGUCUUGGUGCUGGUGGCUUGGGUAGCACGAACCAACCCAAUGUUCCUCCUGAAGAACGCUUUGCGACUCAGUUGCAACAGCUGCAAGAAAUGGGAUUUUAUGACAGAGCAGAGAACAUAAGGGCUUUGCUUGCAACCAAUGGAAACGUUAACGCUGCUGUAGAACGACUCUUGGGAAGUAUUGGCCAGUAGCAGCAGCAGGUUCGUGAACUGAUUUGUCUCGUUUCAUCCAUGUCUGUGGUAUUCUCUCAGUUAUAGAAUAAACAGCCUUUAAAAAUGUGUUUCAGUAAUGAUGAUAUUUAUGGAAUUCUUAUAAAUUUAUAUUUAUGAUAAUAUCGUGAAACUUGUGGAUAGAUAUUUUGGGUCUUCGUUGUUUCAUCUUUCAGUUCUAUUUGAGUUGUGUUGCAACAUGUUUCGGAACUUGGAAUGACUACAUUUACGUC